UCUCUCUCUCUCUUUUUUUUUCUUUUAUUCAUUCCCCUCACACCUCACUAGCUCAAUUCCACGCCGAGUUUUUAUUGUUGCGACGUGGCAAUCGGAAUGCUGCCGCCGAUUCAAAGCGUCUCCGCCGGUGAUCUCCGUUGCUGAUUCUCCGACACCGCUUUUGGCCAUAUAUUGAAAUAGUUUUCUGGUGCGCCAAUGAGCCGGACUGAUGUUAUUGACAGUAGAAGGGGGAGGAUUCUUCUCAUCUUCAGCUUCAGGGUAUAGUAAGGGUCUGACCCUUCUCCUCUUGGGUCAGAGGAGUGACGAUAAACCCAUGAGAGUUUUGCCGUGGAACCAGUUCCAGUUGGUUGGCCAAGAAUCUGACCACGAGCUCCAGCUGGCUUCCAGAAAGAACUGCAUCUCCAGUGGGUGCACUUCCUUCGUUUGCUUUGGUCACGCCUCUGCAGGGCUUGACACUACAUCUAAUCUUAAAUUAGGCCCUGCCAAACAUCAUGAUGUCUCUUCAGGUACACUGGUUUCCCACAAGGGCAAGUAUCCUUGUGCUAAUGCAAAUGAUAAUAGUAGAAAGGUUGCACUUAAAAGUAGCUUAAAAAGGAAAGAAAACAAAAAACCAGCUCCUGUUGAAACUGUUACUGAACAUGAGGCACCGGGUGGAAAGGGGAAUGAUUUUCCUGGUCAAACAGAGAGAAGGAAAGUGCAGUGGACAGAUACUUGUGGUAGUGAGCUUGUUGAAAUACGGGAAUUUGAGCCCAGCGAAGUGGAUGAUGAGUCAGUUGAUGAAUUUGACAAUGGGAAUCUCAAAACUUGUUCCUGUGCUAUUAUGUAAAUUGGCAUUCCAAAGGAUGACACAGAUCCAUUUAUGAGGCGCCAAGUUGUUGAUUGCUAACAUAUUCCAUCACUCAGCUUGAGGAAAAGGAGCAGAUAUUUUUCAGUCUAGUGGAGAUUUAUACACCAUUUCUUGCCUGAGCGAUAAUUUGUGUCUAUAAAUGCUUGCUGUGGCCUUCAAUUUUGUUCUGCUUUUCAUAAUUUUUUGUAUAAUCUUUGUCGUGUGAAUUCUUUGGCUUUUGAUUCAUGAUUUUCAUGCUUUCCGAGGUUC